AGAUACGGAAGUUACCGGAACCACAAGGGUAACAUCUGAAACAGGCGAGCCCAAGACAAGUUUAGUAGACUCUUACUAGCUACUUCCGGUCUAUGGACGGAGGGAUCCUCAGGGACCUUAGAAAUAUGACGAGGGGAACACGUGAAUACAACAAGAAGUCGCAAAAUCCCGGGAUGAACAGCAGCGGCCAAUCAACCCUCGAUUCAUGUCAAGGUCAACAGGUCAAGAGCUGCGCCGGUUGUGGGGGCAGGAUUUUUGACCGGUAUCUUUUGCACGCGGUGGAUCGCUACUGGCACACCGGCUGUCUCAAGUGCUCUUGUUGUCAGACAACGCUCGGCGACUUCAACUCUUGUUUCGUUAAGGCGGGAAUGAUCUUCUGUAGGAACGACUAUCUUAGAUUAUUUGGCAACGGUGGUUCAUGCGGCUCGUGCGGACAGACAAUAAGUGCAGGUGAACUGGUGAUGAAAACCGGACAUUCCGUGUACCAUGUGAAAUGUUUCACGUGUGUCACGUGCAGGCACCAACUGGUGACGGGCGACAGGUACAGCAUAGUGAACGGUGCUCUCCUGUGCGAACAGGAUUCCGUAAAGGGCUUAAAGGAACAGAAAGACGCUUGAAUUUAAACAGCAAACAAAUUUCAGCCACACUAAAAAGUGAUUUCUUCUCUCCCACAAACCGCCACCUUUAUAUGUAACAUUCAGUCAAAGAAUGUUGUAUUUACUAUAAUAUAUAUUACUUUUUAGUUGUGUACUUUUGUCGGUUUGUAGUAAGGAAUGCCUUCAGACCUUUGGAUAUUAAAAGCACGACGAAAUAUAAGAAUUUUAUAUAAGAUUCAUAAAGGAUUUAUUACAAAAAAUCACACUUUGAAAAAACGAGCACGUUAUAUGUGAAUUAAAUAUACGCAUUCAAAAGAAACACUAUAUAUUCAUUGAAUAUGUUUUUUAACAAUAAGUUCAGGUCUCAAGCUUUUUCGUAUUGUAUUUUCUGUAUAGUAUUGAACGGUACUCUCCAUUUUGAUAAUAUCACGCUGUAUUACAU